UCUCGCGAGACUACCAUACAGGAAGAGACGAAGGCGAAGGUCAGGAAAUAAACAUGGCAGCCCGCAGCCUGUUGAGGUCUGCAUGGACCUCGUUUUCAGGCUUGAAACUGGGCACGACAGGCACUAACAUGCAGGUCUGUGGGAGGAUAAAUGUACCCAGGCUGCCAGCUUUAACCAUUCCGAGCAGAGGAGUCCGCCAAGUGGUGGAGAAGACUGAGGCUAAAACAACCACAAUUGAGGGACAAAUACUGGACAUCGCAGUUGGACCACAGCCUCCAAACCCUACAGCCAAGUGUCCGAUCUACAGAUGGAACCUGCAGCACAAAUACAACUACACGGAUGUAUUGUUGCUCCGUCAGUUCAUCAGGUCAGAUGGAGGGAUGCUGCCCAGGAGGAUCACUGGUCUCUGCACAGAGGAACACCAGAAGAUUGCUAUCUGUGUGCAGAUGGCCCAUAGAGCAGGUCUGCUGCCUGACCACAAACCCAAACUUCCAGAAGGCCACGUCCCAAAGAGGCCCAAGCCUCAACUUAACAGAUACCUGACCCGCUGGUCCAUUGACUCAGUGAAACCCAUCUAUAAAACUGGACUGAAGUGGUGUAAGAAGCGCAUGGCUGUUGGACACCCGGCUCUCAGUAACAACGUGCGUUACGGUGUGAAGCCUCUUUACAUAAAACACUGAAGGACAGAGAGUCUGACGUAUGUGCACUGCAAACAGACAGGACCGGAGUGGGUGGGCUUUUUUUGUAUAAGGAUGCAGCUUCAAGUGGAUUAACUUCUAUCAUACUGCCCUGGGAAAAGACCUAAAAGCCUCUUCCAUCUGUAUUUAUUCUACCUUUUGUUUAUAAAGCUGCGUCACGCUUUUAAUGAAUCACCCUCAGCCCCACCCAGAACCAUCCAUUCUGUCUCUGCUGGGUCUCAAAAAGCCCUUGAAGUGAACUCCCUGACAACUUAAUGUGAGCCUCAGCGUGGGUCAGUGUUACGGUUUCAAAGUAGGUGGUAUGUUGACUGUGUAUACACAAAGCAACACAGAUGUGCAAAUAAAAUGCUCUCAACUUGU